UGUGAUUGAAUAAUGUUCAAUUCAUCAUCAUAUUUGAUAUUAGUAACCAUUCUACAUGUAAUGAUGAUCAUUCUUCCCAUUCAAACAAUGACAACCACUAAAACACAAAAAGAUGAAAUCUGUGAAAGAUUACGACAAAACAAUGGUAGCAAUUUGAAUAUAUUGGCCGUAGGAAAAACACAAAAACGUUUAUUAUUAAUAACGAAAGAUUUCUAUGUUUAUGAUACACCGCUUGAAUCAUUGGAUUCGUCUAUUAAUAAAUUAUAUCUCAAAACACAACCAAUGAAAAUGUCGGAAAAAUAUCCAAAACUUUUUGAUGAUCAACGAUUCGAUCAUAUUAAAAAUGCCAUAUCAGUUGCAUUCAUUAUGAAUGAUCCGGAUAGUGAUUGGAUUUGUUUAGCGCCACAUCAUCGAACUGGUAAAGGAGGUAUUAAUUAUGAUAUUGACAAUUCUCAAGUAAUAAGGGGAUGGCAAUAUUUAAGUAGGGAUAAUGAUCCAUUAGCAUUAUUAUCAACAAAUCAAAUAUGUCAAUAUUAUUCAUUACAGUUCAAGUAUAGUUUAUUAAUGAAUCACUGGCGAUGUCAAAGAGGUAAUCGUGUUCGUGAGGUUAAACUAAUCAAACCUGAAGAUAGAGAUUCAGUCAUUUGUUCAACAUCAACAUCAAAUAAUAAUUUAACUAUUUUUGUUCAACAAGUUGGCCGUCUUUCAGGAAUCAGAUGUCCUCGUGGCAAUCCGGUACAUUGGCCAAUAGUAAAGGGAUUUGUUACCGAUGGUAAAUUUUAUCUAUUUGGUCGUACAAAUAUCUAUAUAUUCAGUGAAGAUGUUUAUCAUAAUCAAGGUAAAGAAUAUCCGGUGGAAAAACGUAGUUAUGAUUCCUUUUUUAAUUGUGCCGGUAUUAUUCCACCAAGUGCUCUUUCCAAAUCAUAUUUCUUUUGGAUAAUCGGUGCAAUCAUAUUGUUAUUAUUGAUAUUAAUGAUAAUAUUAUGGUGUAUAUUGGUUCGUCGUCGUCAACUAUCAUUUGCGCAUGGAAAAACUGGACGUUCAUUUAUGAUGUCCGGUAAAUUAACAAAAUUAUCAACACAUAUUGCUUCUGCAAGAGUUCAUAAUAGUUUUAGUCAUAAAAAUUCACAACAUGCCAAUCAACCUAAUAUGCCCAUGGCGGCGGCAAGCAAUCGUGGAAAUUAUCGACCAUCAUCCGGCAGAUUAUCCGGUGGAUCAACUCAUAUAACUGCUCGUACUGGUCUUGAUCGUAAAAGUAAUAUGCCCAUCACCAGUUCUAGUAAACCAAAUCAAUUGAAACGUUUAACAUGUACAGAAAGCUGAUAAUUAUAUCAAACCAUCGACACAAGAAUGGUUUUUUUCGUUGAAGCGUAACGGUUAUGUGUGGCCACCGCUGCCGUAUACAUUAUGUAAACAACAACAACAACAGUCACAAUGCUCAGUUUUAAU